AUGGGCAAAAGAAAGGCAGGCAAUUCAAAAGGUGGGAAUAAGAAUAAGAAAUUCAGGGUUAGUGGAUUUAUUGAUCCAAAUACUAGUGGGAUAUAUGCUACAUGUAACAGAGGUAAAGAACAACAAUGCCGAAAGGAAUUAAUAAACUUGUUCUCAGAUAAGGCUGAAGAAUAUUUUAAUUUGGAUGAACUAAACGAAGAAUCUGACGCUGAGAAAGAUGAUAAGGAUCUUUCUAUUGAAGAAAAAAUUCAAAAAGAAUUGAAUGACAUGCAAGACUCCAAAGGUACCAAGAAAGAAAUUCUCAAACCUAUUGAUUUAGGUUGCGAAUGUCUUGUAUUCAUUAAGACCAGAAGACCAAUUGAACCAGCAACAUUUGUCGAAAGAAUUUGUGAAGAAUUUUCCGAGUCUAAGUCCAAAACAACUAGAUAUACUCAAAAACUAUCACCAAUAACGUUUUCCGUUACACCCACUAUGGAAGAGGUUAAAAAAUUAGCAGAAAGAGUGUUGGGUCCACAUUUUCACAACAAGAAUGAUCAAAAGCCUUAUAAAUUUGCAAUUCAGGUUUCAAAGCGUAACUUCAAUACUUUACAAAAGCCUGACAUCAUUAAGGCUGUUGCUGAAAGCGUAGGCAGGGAUCAUGGACAUUCAGUGGACUUGAAGAAUUACGAUAAAUUGAUAAUGGUGGAAUGUUACAAAAGCAAUAUUGGUAUGAGUGUAGUAAAUAAUUAUGAUAGAUUAGAAAGAUUUAACUUGCAGCAAAUAUUUGAAAAAUCUGUUGACAGUGAAUCCAAAGACAGAAAUCAAAAAUCAGAAAUUGGCCAAGUUUCCGAUAACUCAGUCAGUCUCAACAAGGAAAACGACCAACAUGAUGAGCAAUCGAAAGAGGACUGA